AUGCUUGAUGCAGCUAAGAUGGACGAUGCGUACACAUCUCAACAGCUAAUACUGCCAUCUGCUAAGCCAUCAACUCAGUUUAACAACAGCAAAGGUUCAUCUAUCUCGCAAAAGUGGAAGCAGCAAAUCAAUAACAACGAGGCAGAAGAUGGACUGUGCUACUUUCACAAGCGGUUCGGCAACGAUGCUCGCAAGUGUCGUACUGACUGUGCGUACCACGGCGUGCAACGCGAACAUAGCAGUAUGGUCACCGAAUUCGGUAGCUCUAGCUCUGAGAUCCAGUAUAUAAAUCAACCCAGUUCAAUGAAUAUGGGUAUUAAUAGUUACGGUGUAUACAGCAUGGGACGUUGGAUUUCUGGACUCGCAAAUUUUACCAUUGCAUUGAUCCUUGUUGUCACUGUAACUGCAAUAAAGUGGCCUACCUUUCAACCAUCUGAGCCUCCACCGCUUCCACCGCCACCCCCACCAGAUCCAACACCACCAGAGCCGCCACCACCACCAGAACCAAAAUCAACAGAGCCGCCACCACCUGAUCCAACAACACCAACACCUACAAGACCCCCAACCAUAAGCCCAAAACCUACAACAGCACAACCUACAACACCGCAGCCUACAAUGCCGGAACCUCAAACUACUAGCCCAAAGCCUACAAUAACGCAGACUCCACCUACAACAAUCACUUCUUAAACGGCAAGAACGAAUAGAAAAAUAUCUGUUUCUAAAGUCACAAUUUUCAAAAUCUCAAAUGAAUUUUUUUUUUUUAUUUAUUAUCA